CAUGAAUGUUAUUGUUUUCGAUUGGUUGGUUGCAUAACCUCAAUCUCACGUUUUGUUGUCUUGUUAGUGAUUGAUUUAGCGACCACCACUUUUUAGUGUCUAGGCCUAAUUUAUUAAGAAAAAAUGGUGAAAACAAGAAAGGGCGUCAAACGCUUUUCACCAAAAUCAUCCAAAGACGAACCUCCUGACGGUGAAAAGAAAAAACCAAAACUUGAAUUAAGUAAAAAAAGCAAGUAUUUCAAUACAGAAAAUGAUAGUGGUUCUGAGUUAAACCCCACUUUUGAUAUGAAUGAAAAUAAAAGACCUGAAAACAGUAACAGUCAAGAUUCAUCUUUUGAAAAUAAAUCAAUAAACACCAUGAAAGAAGAGGAAUCUGAUAGUGAUGGAAGUAGUUCUGAUGAAUUCAUGAAAGCUCCCAUAUCUUUAGACGAUUUAGGAAGUUUUGAAACUCUUAAAAAGAGCAAUAAACCGUCUAUUAGUGAAAAUAAACCUAGUUUUACAAACUCAGCAGUCUCUACAUUGAGUGACGAUUCAGAUGUUGAAAAGAAGACAGGAGAUCAAGAAUUUUAUGACUUUUCUCAAAUAAUAAAGUCUCAAGAACUCAUUAAGAGUACGAAAAGGGAACUAGAAGAUGGAGAACGCAAAAAUGAAGGCAAAUCUGUUUCACCUUUAGGAAAAAAGAAAUUAAAUCGUAAAACAUCCAAAACAAAUAAAAAACCAAUUAUAGGUAAUAAGCCUGAUUUAAAAUCAAUUGGAGAAGAACUUGGAAUAUCUGAUCUUCUGGCAAUUGCAGAAGGUCAGGGUGCGGUUGCACAAGAUGAUUCAGAUGAUUCAGAGAGUGGUGUAGGCAAUGAAGAAAUAAAAAUUGAAGAAAACUAUUCUGUGCCAAAAGACGGUGUACAAGUAACAAUUGAACUUCCAAACAUGAAUCAAAUAAGAAAGAAGAAAGGAGUAGAUGUAGAAGCUGCUUUGAAAAGAAGAAUAAACCUAAUUAGGAAAGAGAAUCAGAUUUUUAUGCAUAAAGUCCAUACUCUUUGUUGGAUAGCACAUGGAAUUUAUUUAAAUCGUUGUGUAAACAAUGAACUUUUAAUGGCUCUUGCACUAUCCUUAAUUCCCUCAAAUCAUUGCUACCCCAAAAAACAUAUGGAUUUACGAUAUUUAGAGAAAUUAGUUGAAUGGUUUGUUGGCAAAGUGAUCAUAGAAAAGAGCCAAGAUCUGAAAAUGAGGUCGGAUGCGGACCUUGGAGAGGUUUUGGAAAUAAUUAUAAAUUCUAAAAAAACAUCGUCUCACAGAGAUUUAGUUUUAGUUUUUGUAUGUUUACUACGAUCUUUAGGAAUUAAUGUCAGACUUGUGAUAAAUUUAAGGUCAGUUCCAUUACGCCCUCCAGUUACUGAUUUGUGCUCACUGAGUAAUAAACCUAAAGAGGAAGCCUCAAGUAAAGAUAAAAAUAUCACAUCGAACAAAACUAACCAGUCUAUUAACCGUUCGGGUGGUACAGCACCAAAAAAUACCACAACUGCAAAAGGGGAUAAGAAAAAAAAAUCUGAAGGAAAAGAAGAAAUUAAGUCACCAUACUUUAGUUCGUCUGAUGACUUACCAUUGACGGAAUUAAGAAAAAGUAUAGGAAAAAAGUCAUCAAGUUUUUCACCCCACAAAGUAAUUUCCAAAGACAAGAACAGCAUCAAAUCAAAACCUGAGAAAGGUAUGUCAUCAACAACAAAGUCUGCUUAUUUUACCAAACAAAAUAAUGAAAAGACUCCAUCAAAUAGAUCAAAGCGCAAUAGGAAGUCUUCUAAUGUACACCUCCGAGAACAAAACUCAAGUAGUGAUGAUGAGGUGUUUCAAAAACCUCGAGUAACAAAAGUCAAAUCUCAAAAUAGUUCCCAGGAAAGUUCAAUAAAAAAAAGUGGAAAUAAGAAAAUUAGGAAUGAUAAAGACUUUGAACCAUCAAAACCAUCUACAUCAAAAACAAAAGAUCGUAGGGUAUUGUCUACAGACGAAGAAGAAAAUACCACAUUAAAUAAAAUUGGAUACGAUUACUGGGCUGAAGUAUUUGUUGAAGAAGAAGAAAAAUGGAUCAGUGUGGAUUUGCACAAAGGAAAAGUUCACUGCAUCACCCAAUUGUAUAAAAAGGCUACUCAGCCUGUAAGGUAUGUACUGGCUUGGAACAAUGACGGCACCAUUAAAGACGUGACACGUCGCUACGCACCUCAAUGGCUUACAGUCACACGUAGGCAACGUGCAGACGACGCAUGGUGGAGUGAGACUAUGGCUCCUUACAAACCCCCAAACAACGCUCGGGAGCGUGAAGAGGAUUACGACCUGGACAAACAGCUUCAUGAUAAACCACUCCCGUCAUCAAUAGCAGAUUUCAAGAACCACCCACUGUUUGCGUUGAAGCGACAUUUGCUCAAGUUCCAGGCCAUCUACCCCCCAGACGCCCCUCCACUGGGGUUCAUCAAGGACGAGCCUGUCUACUCUCGGGGCUGCGUGGUAGAGCUUCACACUCGGGAGACUUGGAUCAAGGAGGCUAAACUAGUGCGACGAGGUGAAGAACCUUACAAGAUUGUCAAAGCCAGGCCUAAAUAUGACAAGUUAAGUGGGGCAAGGCUCAACGACCUCCCCCUCCCACUGUUUGGCUACUGGCAGGUCGAAGACUACAUCCCUCCCCCGGCAGUGGAUGGUAAAGUGCCAAGAAAUGAGUAUGGCAAUGUUGAGCUCUACAAGCCCUGUAUGUUGCCACCAGGAACUGUACAUUUGCAAGUGCCUGGACUAGGGAGAGUUGCUCGCAAGCUAGACAUCGACUGUGCUCCGGCUGUGGUGGGUUGGGAGUUCAGUGGAGGGGGAAGUCACCCAGUGUUGGACGGUUUCAUUGUCUGCGAAGAGUUCAAAGAUAUCCUGCUGGACGCAUGGAAUAAGGAUGUUGAUGAGUCAGCUAAGAGAGCUCGGGAAAAGAUUGAACAGAGAGUUUAUGGCAACUGGAAACGACUUAUAAAAGGAUUGCUCAUCAGGGAGAGGCUCAAAGCUAGAUACGACUUUGGAGAGGUCGAGAAUACUUCAGAAAAGAAGAAGAAAAAGAAAUUGUCCACAAAACCUGGUACAUCUAAAUCAUAGUUAAGUACAUGAGAAUAAUUCAUGUUUGAAUUAAAAAUAAUGUAAGGAAUAUUUUUUGUUCCAAACAGUUUUUAAAAGCUUAUAUAUCCAUACAGUAUUUUUAAUUCAAUUUGUUGUUGCCUAAACCAAAAAUUGUAUUGUUAGAAUAUUAUGUAAUUAAUUCAG